CCGGAGGAGGAGCGCAGUGCAUGAUGGGAAGAGGCUUUGCUCCUGAGCUGUGGACUAUGCUGAGUGGUUAACCCUUUGCGGAGCUGUGCGGUGCGGCUGGCGAGCAAAAAAUAAAGAAAAGAGAAAGCGAGCGGGGGUGACAGAGAGACCCUCAGCAGCCUGCAUGUCCCAUCCCCCUCCCUGCUCACCUUGGAGCCCAAGAGCUGACACUCCAAUGCCACCCCCCUGCAGCCUCCUGUCACCUGCCUCUCCCUGGAUCCCCUGAUCCGGCCUCUGAGACUUCCUGUCCUGGGGUGCAAAGUACCCUCCGAGCCCUGACCCCCCCGGGGGGCACGCCGCCACCAUGGCCGCCAUGUGGCUCCCGGUCUCCUUUCAGGAGGUGUCGGUGUAUUUUACAGAAGAGGAAUGGAGUCUUCUCCAGGACUGGCAAAGAGAUCUCUAUAAGGAGGUGAUGCAGGACAACCUGGACUCUGUGCUCCUAUUGGGUGAGUGUGAGAUCCUGGACUCUGUGCUCCUAUUGGGUGAGUGUGAGAUCCUGGACUCUGUGCUCCUAUUGGGUGAGUGUGUGAUCCUGGACUCUGUGCUCCUAUUGGGUGAGUGUGAGAUCCUGGACUCUGUGCUCCUAUUGGGUGAGUGUGAGAUCCUGGACUCUGUGCUCCUAUUGGGUGAGUGUGAGAUCCUGGACUCUGUGCUCCUAUUGGGUGAGUGUGAGAUCCUGGACUCUGUGCUCCUAUUGGGUGAGUGUGAGAUCCUGGACUCUGUGCUCCUAUUGGGUGAGUGUGUGAUCCUGGACUCUGUGCUCCUAUUGGAAGACCUCUGGGAGCCCCAUAUUAUUAAAACUGAAGAUAUGACUGUGGAUGGAGAAGGUCCAGCAUGGAAGGUGGAAGAACAGACCCAAUGGGACGCGGACUAUUCGAAGAGCUGGUUUGAUAGGUACAAGAACUUCCACGGUGUGCUGGACAAAGUACACCACAGGUGCUCUGACUGCCGAGAGGUUGUGGGAAGCUGGUCUCUUCUCGUUGACCACAAACGGAGUCACCAGAGUGGAAACCCCAACACAAACCAUAAGCCAUUCCAUCCAACGAUCCAACAAAUAAAACACAACCAGGGGAAGCCCUAUAACCUCCGCGGCAGCAAGAAGUGGUCUUCUUCGAAUCCAUAUCCAAGUCCAAGGUGGGCUUUUUCAACCAAUGAAGAAACAUACCCAGAAGGAGUGGACACGAUAGCAGGUGGCAAAGCCCUCGUGAAAUAUAAAGAAUUGGAAAAUUUGGUGGGCACAAAAACCUUUGUUGGCCAGUUGGGAAACAUGGCGGAAAAUGGAAAACAGUUUUUAAAGUGUUUUAGCUGUCCGAAAAUAUUCACGGACGUUAACCUUUUCAUCCAGCACAAAAGGUCACACAAAGAAAACAAGAGCUUCGCCUGCCCGGACUGCGGGAAAGGUUUCGUCAGAAAGUCCGUCCUGAAACUCCACCGAAGGACUCAUACCGGAGAACGCCCCUUUGUCUGUUCCGAAUGCGGCAAACGUUUCAGUCAGAGGUUCAACCUCGUGAUUCAUCAGCGGAUUCACUCUGGGGAAAAACCUUAUAAAUGUCAAUCCUGUGAUCGGAGUUUCCGCUACAAGCCGGCUCUUAUGAGGCACGAGAGCAAAUGUGUGAAGACUAAUCACAGAACACGUCCUGGAGGAAAGUCUAAGCACUCGCAACACCCUCCUUCAACUAUGAUUCAUGCAGAAGCUAAGACCUUGGCCGGUAGACCACAGACAUCUUCCACCUCAUCCAAUACUAAACCCUUUCCAGUAUGCCUGACCCUGACCACUGGUGGGCAAGAUAUGGACACUUGCGUCUUGCAGAGUUCAUCAUCUAAACCACCAAUAUCUUCAACAAGCCCGGUUUCUUCUCAGUUGGUUCCUAGAGAUAAGUCCUCUUCCAGACAUCUCACCGGUCUUCAGUCUGCAAACAAUCAAUGCUCAUUAUCAAACAAUUCAAUCUGUGAACAAUCUGGUACCAAGCCUCGGUCUAUGGCAUCUUCCUCAUCAAGCAGUAAAUCUCCAUCUUCAGCCAUCACUUCCAUCCGUCAUAAAUCUUUGGCAUCUGCACCAUCUUACAUACGUUAUUCAUCUGCUAAUAGACACCCAUCUUCUUCUUCUCACAAAUUAAGUCCUUCUUCAAAUGCAGUGGUUAUUCAUCAGUCUGGUAUAAAGCCUAACUCAACAACAUCCUCUUCUACUUAUCCUUUAUUAAAGAUGGGGACUCCACCCAACUUGUCCUCAGAGUCGAGUCCCCCUUCAGGAGGACAACCUCAUUUGAUUUCCUCUUCUACAAACAAUCAUCAGUCAAGCUUGAAAUCUCCUUUGGUCUUGAAAUCUCCUCCGGUCUUGAACUCUCCUUCGAUGUUGAAAUCUCCUCCGGUCUUGAACUCUCCUUCGGUCUUGAAAUCUCCUCCGGUCUCGUUUCCUGCCAUGAAUCGAGCAAUAGGUGGCAAACGUUCAUCGCUUUCAUUUAGCCAAGGCUUUAAAUCUCCCACAGCUUCACUGUCACCUAAAUAUCACCCAAUGUACUCAAAAUAUCAUUCAAUGUCGUUGUCUUCUAAUUGUAUUACCAGAGGAACCAAGCCUGUUGUGUCUUCACCGUGUUCUAUGUCUUGUCAAUUGACUAAUACCACUCUGUUAUCCUCAUGCAAACCCCCUCGAUCUGCUUCCUCUAGACCGUCAGCCUCAGACUAUAAAACCCCUUUUGUGAAAAACUCUUCAUCCUCAUCCUCCUUCGUCUACCAUGAAUCCUUUGCUAAACAUUCCUUGUAUGAGCAUCAUAGAUCUCCCGUGAAAUGCUCAACAUCUUUUAGCUCGCCGUUGUAUUCCAAUCAUGCUAACACUCCCUCGUCUUCAUGUACAGUUCUGCAUCCAAAGUCCGUAACUGCAUGUCCCCCCCCAGUGCAGCCCAUCCUCCAUCAUUCAUCCAGUUCUAAGCCCCAUUCUACACCGUCCUUAUCUAAAGUUCCUUCACCCCAUACCUUGACAGUAGGUAACGAACCUUCAUUUAGGCCACCAUUGGUCUUGACUUCCCCCAGUUGUAGUUCAUCUGGUAAUAAGUCUCCCUCACGGUCAUCGUCCUUUGUCUGCGAUAAAUCAUUCCCUAAUUUUCCAGCCUCCAUGCCCAAAAAUUCUUCUUCCGUUCCAACACUACAACAAUCAGCGAUGGCCAGCAAGUCCGCGGUCAACUCGGCAAAAGGAACGAAACACCCAGAAAUGAAGGAAGGUGGUCAGACAAUGCAACCCGUUGAGAAUCUGUUUGAAUGCGGCCAGUGUGAGAGAUCUUUCACAGACCUAAGCCAGUUUACGGAGCACCAGAAGACCCACUUGGGACCUAAGAACACAUGCCCAGAAUGUAACAAGAUUUUCCAUAGGAGGUCCACGCUCCUUCUCCACAAAAGAACUCACACGGGCGAAAAGCCGUACAGUUGUACCGAAUGCGGCAAGAGUUUUAGCCAGCGUUUUAAUCUCGUUGUUCAUGAACGCAUUCACACAGGGGAGCGACCUUACACCUGCAACGAUUGCAACAAAGCUUUCCGCUACAGAACGGGUCUUCUCCGUCAUCAGACACAUGCCCUUUGUGUGAGGAAACGACCUGUUGAAAAUUGUCCUGUCAAACCACCACCAUCCUCUAGAGUAAAGAAAUCUAUCAGCUUGAUAGAUACUUGUCAAAGCCUAACAAUGUCUAAUGUAUUAUCCUCUUCUGGUUUGUCCAAAGAUGCAACUCGGGAAGUACCACCUUCAGAAGAUACCCAAGAGGACAUUCCUUUGUUGCCACCAACAUCCAAAACACAGUCCCUGACUUGUGAGAACACCCCAACAAAGACGUCAAUGCCCCACAAUGUUACCCGAGAUAACAUUCCACCAACACCACCAACAUCUAGAUCCGAAUCACAGACCCUGACUUGUGAGAACACCCCAACAAAGACGUCAAUGCUCCAUAACGUUACCCGAGAUAACAUUCCACCAACACCACCAACAUCUACAUCGAAACCACAGACCCUGACUUGUGAGAACACCCCAACAAAGAUGUCAAUGCUUCGUAACGUUACCCGAGAUAACAUUCCACCAACAUCUACAUCGAAGCCACAGACCCCAACAAAGACGUCAAUGCUCCUUUAUGUUGCCCGAGAUAACAUUCCACCAACACCACCAACAUCUACAUCAGAAUCACAGACCCCGACAAAGACGUCAAUGCUCCUUAAUGUUGCCCGAGAUAACAUUCCACCACCAACAUCUACAUCGGAAUCACAGACCCCAACAAAGACGUCAAUGCGCCAUAAUGUUGCCCGAGAUAAUAUUCCACCAACACCACCAACACCUACAUCCAAACCACAGACCCCAACAAAGACGUCAAUGCUCCUUAAUGUUGCCCGAGAUAACAUUCCACCAACACCACCAACAUCUACAUCCAAACCACAGACCCUGACUUGUGAGAACACCCCAACAAAGACGUCAAUGCUCCGGAAUGUUACCCGAGAUAACAUUCCACCAACACCACCAACAUCUACAUCCAAACCACAGACCCCAACAGAGACGUCAAUGCUCCGUAACGUUACCCGAGAUACCAUUCCACCAAAACCACCAACAUCUACAUCCAAACCACAGACCCCAACAAAGAUGUCAAUGCUCCGUAAUGUUGCCCGAGAUACCAUUCCACCAACACCACCAACAUCUACAUCAGAAUCACAGACCCUGACUUCUGAGAACACCCCAACAAAGACAUCAUUGCCCCUUCUAAAAGCUCCUAUGAAAACAAGAUUGCUGGUAAAUAAAAAAGAAAAUGAGGCUUCUCGAGUGCCCUCUCCCCUUUCUCCUCCUCCUCCUCCUCCCUCUCAUACUCCAUGUUCUCCCCACCCUCUGAAUGUUGCACCACCUCAGGCACCCCCAGUACAGAAUAUUGACCAAAACACCAACAGACCAAAAAUCAACGGCAAUGAUGCAAACGGCUCAGGUUGUAACGAGGCACUAAAAUCCGAUGAGGAAAAGAUGCAGUUUAAGUGUGAACAUUGUAAGAGAAGCUUCGAUAACGUGGAUAAGUUCAUGGAGCACCAGAUCACGCACAGCACGGCGCGGCACGCGUGCGCCCAGUGCGGAAAGGCCUUCAGCAAGACGUCUCAGCUGGUUCUCCACCAGCGCACUCACACGGGCGAGAAGCCUUAUUGCUGCCCCAAGUGCAGCAAACAGUUCAGCCAGAAGUUCAACCUGGUCGUCCACCAGAGGAUUCACACCGGUGAAAAACCCUACAGAUGUUCCGACUGCAGCAAAGAGUUCCGCUACCGCACCAGCCUCAUCAAACACCAGAAAUACGGCCUGUGUUCCUGAUCUCCGAACCCCACACUACUACACCAUUCUAAAGACUUGCAGGGGGGGGAAGAUAUCUCUGUACAGUUCAGAUGUCCGGAGAUCCUCCUCCAGGCACUCAGGGAUAAUGACCAAACUCAAUGCUAAUUGUUGUACUGUAAAUGUUGAGGGGCCACUCCACCCAAACGUGAGAUUUCAGCCGGGCUGAGCCACCUGCUGCUUUCUUUUACCUCCGACGGUGAGAUCUGCCCUCCGGGGAUAUUCUACAAUGAAAAAAAAGGGGUAUCCGAGGGGCGCUGGGAAUUUAAUAUGAGGUAGUGAGAUGGCAAGAAACAUUUGAUAAGCCCACUGGCUUAGGUUAGGCUUCUCACAACAGGCAAGGCUACCCUACUGUGGGGGCUCCAGCAGGUUACCAGGAAAAGACAUGGAUAUUAGACAUGUGCAAUUCGUUUAGUUUCUAAUUAGUUUUUUAACAAAUUCGGAAAUUCGUUAAUUCC